UUUUUUUUUCUUUAUCUCGCUGAAUGCUUCUUUUAUUGAUGCACUCUCAUCAGUUCUUUUGUUUAAUCUUCAUCUCUUCUGAAAAAAAAAAAAAAAUAAAGCUGAACAGGGUGUGGUCAGAAUGAAACAGAGAAGGAAGAUCAGGCAGAUGAGUUAGUAAAGGAUGGGAAAUAAGGUGGUCACUUUCACCGAGGAGCAACUCGAGGACUAUCAGGACUGCACUUUUUUCACCAGGAAGGAAAUACUGAGAGUACACAAAAGGUACAGAGAAUUAGAUCCACAUAAAAUUCCAAAAGAGAUGACAGGGGAUGAAGCUCAUACCGUAACAGUGAUUUUGGAUAAAGUAGAGAAAAUGGCGGAGCUCAGGGAGAAUCCUUUCCGCCAGAGGAUCUGCAAGGUGUUCUCUCAUGACGGUAGUGGGAACAUGACUUUCGAUGACUUCCUAGACAUGCUUUCCUGCUUCAGUGAACAGUCACCGAGGGAUGUGAAAGUGGUCUACGCAUUUAGGGUGUUCGAUUAUGAUGGUGACAAGUUUAUUGGGUCUGAUGAUCUCAAGCAGGCAACCAUUGCUUUAACCAGAGGCGAACUCAGUUCCGACGAAGUCAGCCUGGUUGUGGAGAAGGUUUUAGAGGAAGGGGACAACGAUGACGAUGAAAAGUUAUCCUUCAUCGAAUUCCAGAGUAUCAUCUCGAAAGCUCCGGAUUUUCUCAGUACUUUCCACAUACGCAUAUAAUAGCAGAUGGUAAAGGAUAAAGAAGAGAUGGAAAUUCAGCAUCAAAAAACAAAUUCCUACUUAUGUAUUAAUCACAAUUAAAU